AUGGCCGAGGAUAUCGCAAUCGACAGCAACACCUUUUUCACUCGCCUGUCCAGCUUGUAUGCAUCAUGGAAGGCCGACAAACGCUCGGGGAAUGCCCUUUUUGACAAUGCAGGGUCUAUGGUCAUCCUUAUGGGCAAGACUGAUGAGGAAAACUCGUUCCAGAAGAACAACGCUAUGCACUUCUGGCUCCUCGGAUACGAAUUCCCAGCCACACUUUUCGUCCUCACAACCGAAGCAAUCUACGUGGUCACCACAGCUAAGAAGGCGAAGCAUUUAGAACCACUCAAGAAUGGCAAGAUCCCGGUUGAGCUUUUGGUAACUACGAAAGAUCCAGAGACCAAGACCAAGGCAUUUGAAAAGUGCGCGGAAGUCAUCAAAGCCGCAGGAGGCAAAGUUGGAACCUUCCCUAAAGACACAGCAUCGGGUCCUUUCGCAGAUGAAUGGAAGCGUGCCUUCGCGGAGAUUUCGAAGGACGUGGAAGAGGUCGACAUCACACCUGCGCUUUCAGCCGCUUUCGCCAUCAAAGAUUCCGAUGAAUUGGUAUCCAUCCGUAAUGCUUCCCGAGCAUGCAGUGGUCUCAUGUCCGAAUACUUUGUGGACGAGAUGUCCCGUUUGCUCGACGAAGAACAGAAAAUGACACACAAGGCACUUGCUGCAAAAGUGGAUGCAAAGAUUGACGAUGCCAAGUUCUUUAACAAAUUGGCGCGCCUGCCAUCUGAGUUUGAUGCUCAACAAAUCGAUUGGGCUUACGGGCCUGUGAUCCAGAGUGGAGGUGCCUACGACCUUAAGCUUUCGGCCAAAUCGGACGGCAAGACUCUUGAGCCCGGCAUCAUUCUCUCCAGCUUUGGAAUCCGAUACAAGACCUAUAGCUCACUCAUCGGGCGUACCUACCUCGUUGACCCCACCAAAUCACAAGAAGCAAAUUAUGCCCUGCUGCUGAGCCUCCACGAAGCGACCAUGAAAGAGAUUCGAGAUGGCGUGGUAGCAAAGGACAUCUACAACAAAGCUCUGAGUCUCAUUCGCACCAAGAAGCCUGAGCUUGAGGCGCAUUUCGUGAAGAACGUCGGCGCAGGCAUUGGAAUCGAGCUCCGAGACGCCAACAUGGUGCUGAAUGCCAAGAACAAUCGCGUGCUGAAGAACGGUAUGACAUUCUCCAUCACAAUCGGACUUACCGAUGUGAAAGAUGCAGAUGCGAAGAGUGCCAAGAACGGUGGCUAUUCCAUGGUCAUCACCGACACCGUCCGUGUGGGAGAUAAUGGACCUCACAUAUUCACGAAAGACGCAGGUAUUGAUAUGGACUCGAUCUCUUUCUACUUUGGAGACGAAGAGGAGCCUGAAAAACCCGUCAAGGAAAAGAAAGAGACCAAGUCUAGCGCCAUUGCGAGUAGAAACGUCACACGAACCAAGCUUCGCGCCGAGCGACCAACGCAGGUCAAUGAAGGCGCCGAAGCCCGUCGCCGUGAGCAUCAAAAAGAGCUAGCCUCCAAGAAGACAAAGGAAGGUUUGGACCGAUUUACCGGUACUACAGGGGAUGAGAAUGGAGUUGCACAGAAGAAAUUCAAACGCUUUGAAUCUUACAAGCGUGACAACCAACUGCCUGCGAAGGUCAAAGACCUUACGGUCUACGUUGAUCUCAAAACAUCAACUGUCAUUGUACCCAUAAUGGGUCGACCUGUUCCUUUCCACAUCAACACCAUCAAAAAUGCCAGCAAGAGUGACGAAGGAGAGUACGCGUACCUCCGCAUCAACUUCUUGUCUCCAGGUCAAGGUGUUGGCAGGAAGGAUGACCAGCCAUUUGAGGAUUUGUCCGCGCAUUUCGUCCGCAACCUUACUCUAAGAUCCAAGGACAACGACCGACUCGCCCGAGUUGCGCAAGACAUCACUGAAUUGCGCAAGAAUGCUCUGAGGCGAGAACAGGAGAAGAAAGAGAUGGAGGAUGUUGUCGAACAGGAAAAGUUGGUCGAGAUCAGAAACCGACGUCCAGUGAAGCUUCCGGACGUCUAUCUUCGACCUCCCCUCGACGGUAAGCGCGUGCCCGGAGAGGUCGAGAUUCACCAAAAUGGUCUUCGAUACUUAUCACCCUUCCGCAAUGAGCACGUCGAUGUGCUCUUCAGCAAUGUCAAACAUCUCUUCUUCCAACCAUGUGCUCACGAAUUGAUCGUGCUCAUUCAUGUGCACCUAAAAACCCCCAUCAUGAUUGGCAAGCGGAAGACAAAAGACAUCCAGUUCUAUCGCGAGGCGACAGAAAUGCAGUUCGAUGAAACAGGAAACCGACGACGUAAACACAGGUACGGUGACGAGGAGGAGUUUGAGGCCGAGCAGGAGGAAAGACGGCGUAGAGCUGCGUUGGAUCGGGAGUUCAAGGCUUUUGCCGAGAAGAUCGCAGAUGCCGGUAAAGACGAAGGCGUCGAUGUCGACAUUCCCUUCCGGGAGAUUGGCUUUACGGGUGUUCCAAACCGAUCCAAUGUUCUGAUCCAACCGACCACCGAUGCUCUGGUUCAACUGACCGAGCCUCCGUUCACCACCGUCACGUUGAAUGAAAUCGAAAUUGCGCAUUUGGAGAGAGUUCAGUUUGGUCUCAAAAACUUUGAUCUGGUGUUUGUUUUCAAGGACUUCCGCCGGGCCCCGGUUCACAUUAACACGAUUCCCGUCGAGGCUUUAGAGGGUGUGAAAGACUGGCUUGAUUCGGUUGAUAUUGCCUUCACCGAGGGUCCUCUCAACUUGAAUUGGACUACGAUCAUGAAAACGGUCGUGAGUGACCCGUACGGCUUCUUCGCUGAUGGCGGUUGGUCUUUCUUGUCGGCCGAGUCGGACUCAGAGGGUUCGGAUGAGGAAGAAGAGUCCGCAUUCGAGUUGUCCGACGAAGAGCUUGCAGCUGGAGACGAGAGCUCCGAAGAGGACAGCGAAUUCGACGACGACGCGAGCGCUGACGCCAGUGAGGAAGAAUUCAGCGGAGAUGAGGAGAGUGGCGAGGACUGGGAUGAACUGGAAGAAAAGGCCAAACGCAAGGACAAGGAAAACAACGAUGAUAGCGAUCGUGGCACCAAGCGCAAGCGUUGA